UCUGUUUUCGGCAGACGGAGAGAGAGGAAGAAAAAUGGCGGCUGCGAGCGACCCGGAGCGGGACGCCGGCCAUUCGCUUUGAGCUUUCUCGCACCACCCGAGUCCGGGGCUUCGCGGGAUCGCUUCCCCCCGCCGUUCUCGGAGGUUCGGCGUUCCGCGGGUACCGCUUUCCCGCAUUUUUGCGCGGAUCGACCGCGCACGACUGUGGAAACGGGAAAUAAUAGACAUUUUCGUGUAUAAUGAGGGGGAGAAGAGGCAGGCCGCCCAAACAGGCGCUGGGGGCCGAGCCUUCCACCGCGCCGCCGCCGCCACCGCCGCGGGGGUUGAGACCCCGCCGGGGGCUGAGGGCAAAGGGGAGAGGGGCCGCCGAUGCCGAUUUUGUGACGGCGCCCCGCAGGGGGAAUUACCACGCGUCGCGAGGCAGGAGGCGAGCGGGGUCGAGCGCCGCGUCGGGGGGCAGCGGCAGUGGCAGGGGCAGAGGCAGGGGAAGGGGAAGAGGAAGGGGCCGGGGCGCCGGGAGAGGCGGCGGAGCCAGGGGGAGACGCGUCGUCAGCAAGGUGGUCUACGACGACCACGAGAGCGAGGAGGAAGAGGAGGAGGACGCCGUGAGCCUCGGCGAGGAAGACGAGGAGCUGCAGGAGGACGAGCCGCUCACGGACGACGACGAUGCGGCCCUGGACGAGCAGUCGGACUAUCUGGAUGAGCUGGAGGAGGAGGACGCAGCUGCGGGAGGAGCAGGAGCAGCAGCAGCAGGAGGAGGAGACGACGAGGACGGCGUUGAUGAUGGAGGCAGCUACUGCACGGAGAGCAGCUUCCGGAGCUAUAGCACCCGCGGCAGCACGCCAGGGCGCAGGCGGACACGAGUCCAUCGGCCCCCCUCCCCCAUGCUGGAGGAUAAGGACAUGCCCCUGCUGGAAUUACCUGCGAGCUCUGAGGACCUCCUAGUACCCAGUGAGCAGCUACUCAAUGCAGCAGCCAUCUAUGAAGUGCUGCGCAACUUCUCUGUUGUGCUGCGCCUCUCACCUUUCCGUUUUGAGGACUUCUGCGCAGCCCUGGUUGGCCAAGAGCAGUGCACGCUGAUUGCCGAGACCCACAUCGCCCUGCUUAAGGCCAUUCUGCGCGAGGAGGAUGCAUCCAAUGCCACUUUUGGCCCAGCUGACCUGAAAGAUAGCGUGAACUCAACUCUCUACUUAGUCGAUGGUAUGACGUGGCCCGAAGUGGUGCGGGCGUACUGUGAGAGUGACCGCGAGUACCGCCACAUGCUUCCCUACCUGGAGGUUGAGGAAUUUCCUUAUGGGCCCCUGGAGAGCAAGGUGAAGGUGCUGCAGUUCCUGGUGGACCAGUUUCUCACUACCAACGUGGCACGUGAGGAGCUGAUGUCGGAGGGCACGGUGCAGUACGAUGACCACUGCCGCGUGUGCCAUCGUCUCGGAGAUCUACUGUGCUGCGAGACGUGCUCAGCUGUGUACCACCUGGAGUGCGUGCGGCCACCACUGGAGGAGGUUCCCGAGGACGAGUGGCAGUGCGAGGUGUGCGUGGCACACAAGGUGCCCGGUGUGUCGGACUGCGUGGCCGAGAGCCAGAAGAGCCGGCCCUACGUAAGACAGGAGCCGAUCGGCUUUGACCGGCAUUGUAGGAAGUACUGGUUCCUCAACAGGAGAAUUAUUGUUGAAGAAGAUGGCGAGCAGGAGAAUAAAAGAACCUGGUACUACAGCACCAAAGUCCAGCUGGCUGAGCUGCUUGACUGCCUGGACCGGGAGUACUGGGAGAGGGACCUUUGUCACACCCUGGAGGAGCUCAGGGAGGAGGUGCACGCGCACAUGGACAUCACGGAGGAGCUCACCGACAAGGCCCGGGGCAUCAACCGUUCCUACCUGUCCGCCUCGAAUGAGGCGAUACUCAACCGGCAUAAGGAGAAGAAUGGUGCUGAGCUGGAUGAAGUGAAGCCGGACGAUGCAGAGGAGCUGCAGUCUGGCCUCAGUACUCAUUCAGACCGCAGCAAAGAGCAAUCGGUGAUGCCAGCUGACCAGUCCACAUCUCAGAAGAUGGGGCCAAAGGUCACAGAGGGCCAGUCAGACACACAGGAGGAAGAGGCAAUGGAAGUGCCCCCUGGUGGGGAACGGCUCAGCAGCUUUGAGCAGCCAGAAGCCAGCGUUUAUAACAGAGACGGCUCCCUUCAUCAGUCGGAUGCCACAGGUGUCUCAGAUGUUGGGGCCACAGAGAAAAGAGGGACCAGUGGCGAGACUGAGCAGGAGUCACCAGAGAAAUCCCCAGGUAUUUCCACAGCGUGCAAAAAGUAUUCCCCUUCCCCGAGCCCACCCCUGCACGUCGGAGACGAAAACAGCAACAGCAGCCUGACUUUUGCACCGGAGGAGUGUGACAGCACAGGGAAGUCUCCCAGGUCUUCUGACGAGAUGGAUGAGGGAAGGGAGAAGCUGAAUGGUGAGACCGCAGGUCAGAAUACAUCGGCCUCCACGCGGAUGGUGACUCGACUGCGGAACCCGGAUAGCAGGCUGAGCCAGCUGAAGAGCCAGCAGGGGGCGACACCACCAGAUGGCACGAGGGUUCACAAGGAGGUGGAUUUGGCCUGCCUGGGCAGUUCUAGGAAGGAGGUGGCAAGUAAGCCGGGUCUCAGCGGACUCUUCAAGCUGGGCCAAGAGGGCAAGUACCGGGUCUAUCAGAACCAGUACAGCACGAACACACUAGCGCUAAACAAGCACCAGCAUCGUGAGGACCACGAUAAACGCAGACACCUCUCCCACAAGUUCUGCAUGACGCCGGCGGGGGAGUUCAAGUGGAACGGCUCUGUGUACGGUUCCAAGGUCCUCACCAUCUCCACUCUGAGGCUCACCAUCGUCCAGCUGGAGAACAACAUUCCUGCACCUUUUCUCCAUCCUAACUGGGCUUCGCACAGGACAAACUGGAUCAAGGCGGUGCAGAUGUGCAGCAAGCCGCGGGAGUUCGCGCUGGCCCUUUCCAUCCUGGAGUGCGCCAUCAAGCCUGUGGUGUUGCUGCCGGUGUGGAAGGAUGCACUGGGACACACCAGGUUACGCCGCAUGACUGCCAUGGAACGGGAGGAGAAGGAGAAGGCAAAGAAAAGGGAGCGAAAGCUGGAGGAAGAAGAGACCAUGCAGCAGGCCACCUGGGUGAAGUACACAUUCCCCAUCAAGCACCAGGUUUGGAAGCAGAAAGGAGAAGAGUACAGAGUAACCGGUUACGGAGGCUGGAGUUGGGUCAGUAAGACCCACACGCCUCGCUUCCUUCCCCGGUUGCCAGGAAACACAAAGAUCAACUACCGGAAGGAUCUGGAAGCUGUCAAGGAAAGUGCAGCUUCCACCCCGACCAAAGUGAAGAGCUCUCUGGAAGACAGCACAGACGCCAAUGCAAAGGAUGGCACAGAUGACCACAAAGGGUCUCCUGGAGGUGCAGUGAGAGGAGAUGAAGAUCAGAUUCUCACAGCGGAGGAUCAGGGGGUUGAAUUAGGACGAGGGACCCCAGAUACGUCAGACCUCAAGAGCGUGCAACAGGCUGCGGAGCCAGCGGCUGAAAAGAUGAUUGUGGGCACGAGUCCAUCUGAUUCCGGAACCUCUCUGGAAAAUGGGAGAAGUGAAAGCUACAGUAAGACACUGUCGCACACAAACGUUGUGAAGGAGGAGCAGGGGGUGGAGCAAGCAACGCAAGGUGCCAGCAACACGAAUGGCUCCAAGUCCUUGUACUAUGACGUGGUGAACGUGAGCGAGGGCCUUCAGCAGCGCACGGCCUACAGGCGGAAAGUGAAGGCCUCUCGACUAGAUGGCCUGCUGGACCGCCGUGUUCGCCAGUUCACCCUGGAAGAGAAGCAGCGCCACGAGCGAUUCCGCCAGGCCUUGCCUUCAGGCCAGGAAGGGGCAUUGGCCAGUAUGCAUCCUGCUCCAAGCUCUGGAUUAGCCAUUCGAGCACUUGCAAGCAAGUCUGAUGAUUGUGUUACACCAAAUACUCAAAGCCGACCUAGUGCUUCCGGUAUUUCCCCAGGAGUCAAGUUGACAACAGAUGCAAAACCAGAACCUGUAUCACCCCAACAGAGUGAAGGGCUUCCAGGGCCGAUGGAUCCAUCUGUAAAGGACACUAGCUCUGGAGUGGGUUCAACAGGUUACAGACCUGAGCAAGCGGCUGAUAAGUGUCACAACCUUGAAAGACCAGAAAGUCGACACAUCAGACCGGAAACUGGUGAUAACAGCGAGGCUGUUGCCUCUGAGGCACUUAAAGAGCAUUCUGUGAGUGAGCACAAAUGCAUCGUUCCACGUGCCGCUGAGGAAAUGAACAGCCAGGAGGCAGCUGCCUCAGCCCUGAUGGCUGAGAACAACUUCAGGCUUAAUGGGAAAUCGCAAGAAACUGGACCAAAUCAGAGGGAUCCUUCAUUUGAGCUGAACUCUGAGAGCAAAACAGACUUGUCCUCACUGGAUACCUCAGAGUCAGCGACGCCCUCCCUGCACCCCAAACCUGGAGAACUAGGUUGUCCUGCAGACACAAAGUCAGGACUGACAAUUACCAGAGAAAACAGCAAGAUGCACAAAUGUGGGGAAGGUGAUGGACAGAUGGUUGCAGGCAGCAUGGAUGCUGAGAGAGAAGAUGGCCAGGCAGGUGUGGAGAAAUCACAGCUCCCUCAUGUUGUCCAGAUGAAUGGAAGCAAUUCUGCAGAAAAUGAUGCUCUGCUGGACAAUGAAAUACUGGCAAAAGUUCCCUCAGAUGAGGACUUGGUGAACAAUGUUGAGGGAAAUAGGACUAACCAGAGUUUGGGAGGUGAGAAUAAAGCUCUCCUCAUCAAGGAUUCCGCUAAACUGCUGAUGAAUGGAGACCUGGUUACUGAUGUUUCCAAGGAGAAAUUGCACAACACUGAACAGGGUUCUCAAAGGUCUGGCUCAAUUUCAAUGGUCAAUAAAGUUGUAACGGCAUCACUGUCCAGUCCCGAGUAUUUACCUCCUGAGAAGGUGCCCCGUCUGGAGAAUAAUGGGAAGGAGACGAUCGGUUCUGCACUGAAUUCCGAAGGCGCACCAGUCAUCAGUGGGACAUCAGCAGAACACCUUGGCAGCGAGAAGGAAAGCAUGGAGAUGGAGGGUGAGGAAGGACAGAACAAGGUCCCAUCACCAGUGCUGUCUACAGAGGAGUCCAGCCUGAGCAAUGACAGUGGGCCACCCUCAGAGGACAUGUCAAAGACCAUUAUCACACAGAUUACUACAACUACAACCACCACCACCAUAUCUGCUGAGUCUAGAAUGGUCACAGUGCUAGCGCGGCUCCCGGAUGGCGAAGAUGGUGAACAGUCGGUGUCCACAGCAGAGACCUGCGCUGUGUCUACCUGUACAACCACGAUCAAGACCACGGUAUCCCAAGCCGGGAUUCCAGCAGCCACGGUGUCUGUAACGGAGGAGAGCCAGGCUAUGGUGGCCACAAUGACUGUGAGCCGGGAGUACUCUACCAGAGACCGUGUCAGGUUGCUCAAGUUCUCCCGCACCAAGAAGGCCCGGUCAGGCACAGCACUCCCGUCUUACCGCAAGUUUGUCACCAAGAGCAGUAAGAAAAGCAUUUUUGUGCUUCCUAACGAUGAGCUGAGGAAGCUGGCCCGGCGGGGCGGAAUCCGAGAGGUGCCCAACUUCAGCUACCCCGCCAAGCCUGCCCUGGACAUCUGGCCCUACCCCUCUCCACGGCCCACCUUUAGCAUCAGUUGGAGAUACCGGCUCCAGACGGUGAAGUCGCUGGCAGGGGUGAGCCUCAUGCUACGACUGCUGUGGGCUUGCCUUAGGUGGGACGACAUGGUGGUAAAGCCCUCCUCCGCUGUCGGAACAGCCCGCACAGAAACAUCGGAGACUGAGAUCACCACCACGGAGAUCAUCAAGCGCAGGGAUGUGGGGCCCUAUGGGAUUCGGUCAGAGUACUGCAUCAGGAAGAUCGUCUGUCCCAUUGGUGUGCCAGAGUCCCCAAAGGAAGCGCACACCCCCCAGAGAAAAGGACUUCGCUCAAGUGCACUGAGGCCGAAAAAGUCGGAGGCACCGAAGCAAACGGGCCCUGUGGUGAUGGAGAACUGGGUGCCAGAGGAGGAACUGGAGCUCUGGGAGAUAAGGGCCUUUUCCGAACGGGUGGACCGCGAAAAGGCACAGGCGGUGGAGCAGGCAAAAAUGAGUGUGCAGAAGAAAGCCGAGGAGUACAAGGCCCAAAUGGAGGCACAGCUGAAACAACAGAGACUGGCAGCUCAGCAGAAGCGGCUGGAGCUGCAGAAAUCAACCUCUGGCAGCUCUGCACCCUCCACUCCAGCCAGCAGCUCUGCCACACCAUCUUCUGCCCCUCAGAAGGUUCUGGUGAGCUCCCUGGCUGGCCAGGUAACCCCUGGUACCAAAGUGGUUCUGGCUUCCAAGCUUGGUUCCCCCACUGUGACAUUCCACCAGGGCAAGAACUUCCAGCAGACAUUUGCCUCCUGGGUCAAGCAGGGUCAGAGCAACUCGGCUCCCAAUAGCUCUGCUGCCACGGCAGCCCCCACUACAGGGCAGACAUUCCAGAUUGCGGGUUCUCCCGUGUCGGUGGCCGGCAAGGUCAUCACUGGCAAGUUGCCGCUUCCGACCAACAGCAAGAUUGUAACUGUCAAUAUGCCUGGUGCUCAAGGAGGUGUUGUUCAGGUUCAACAGAAGGUCCUCGGGGUCAUCCCAUCCAACACGUCAAGUCCCCCACAGGCAUUCAGCCCCUUUCAACCCCGGGGGCAACAGGUGAUCACAACUAGGGCUCAGAUCCGCCCUGGCAUGACAGUGAUCCGCAGCCCUGUGCAGCAGACUACCGGCUUGGGCAAGGCCAUCAUCCCCUCUUCCCUAGUAGUUCAGCCAGGAAUCCUCCCUGCUGGCCAGACGCCGCAGAUGGUGACGCAGCUUGUCCGAGGCCCACCUUCAUCCACAUCGAUCUCCACCGACAGUCAGUUGCCUCGCCCACUCGCCACCACCCCAAGCUCCAACACGUCCUCCACCCCUACACCCCAGGGUCCCCGGCUUCAGCAGGGGCAGGUGAAGCUUACCCUGGCCCAGCUUCAGCAGCUCACCCAGGGGGCACAGGGAGGAAACCAGGGCCUGACGGUGGUGAUCCAAGGUCAAGGCCAGACCACCGGACAGCUGCAGCUUAUACCCCAGGGGGUCACUGUCAUUCCAGGGCCUGGCCAGCAGCUCAUGCAGGCCUCAAUGCCCAACGGUCAACUGCAGCGCUUCCUGUUUACUCCAGCGCCUCCACCCACACCCCCCUUGGCUGCCACAGCCGCAUCAACCGCUGCUGGCACGCCUCCAACACCAGCAGCUCUGGCACAGCAGAGAGUCACAGAGCCCCAGCUUCCCACAACCCAGGCUACAGCUGCCCCAGUUCAUCCACCCACGACAAUGACUUCACUGACAUCCCAAGCACCAGCGCAGUCAGCCAAACAAGCAGCCAGUUUUCCCCAGGGGGCGACUUCCCUGACAGCUUCACAGACCCCUCUGGCCCCCCAGGCACCAGUCCUUCCAAAUCCAGUCCUUCCAGCAUCCACUACUCAGACACAGACUGCACAAGUGCCAGUAGCACAGACAUCGCAGGUGCCAGUAGCGCAGACGUCAUCAGCUCAGACACAUUUGCCACAGACAUCAGCUCAGGUACAUGUACCGCAGACACCCUUGGCUCAGGCGUGUUUACCGCAGACAUUGACAGCUCAGGCUCCUUUAGUGCAGACAUCGACCACUCAUGCCAUGGUAGAUCAGGUGCCCACAGCACGGGUGCCUUUAGUAAAGAUGCCAGUAGCUGAGGCGCCGGUAAUUCAGGAGCCAACCACUCAGGUGACAGGGGCUCAGGUGCCGGAAGCUCAGGAGUUGCCAACUCCGACACUGAGAGCUCAGGCUCCGGUGUUAGAGGCAGCAAUGGCUGAGGGGCCAGUAUUGCAGACGUCUCGGGCGUUGGUAUCGCAGGUGCCGCUAUCCCAGGCGUCGGCGCAGACGACUCAAGCCCCGGCACAGCAGGCGCAGACGGCCCAGGCUCCGGCAUCGCAGUCGCAGACGGCCCAGGCUCCAUCAUCCCAUGCGCAGAUGGCUCAGGCUCCGGCAAUGCCUUCAACCCAGGCUUCGGCAUCGCAGUCGCAGACGGCCCAGGCUCCAUCAUCGCAUGCGCAGACGGCUCAGGCUCCGGCAAUGCCUUCGACCCAGGCUCCGGCAUCGCAGUCGCAGACGGCCCAGGCUCCAUCAUCGCAUGCGCAGAUGGCUCAGGCUCGGGCAAUGCCUUCAACCCAGGCUUCGGCAUCGCAGUCGCAGACGGCCCAGGCUUCGGCAUCGCAGUCGCAGACGGCCCAGGCUCCAUCGUCGCAGUCGCAGACGGCCCAGGCUCCAUCGUCGCAGUCGCAGACGGCCCAGGCUCCAUCGUCGCAGUCGCAGACGGCCCAGGCUCCAUCGUCGCAGUCGCAGACGGCCCAGGCUCCAUCGUCGCAGUCGCAGACGGCCCAGGCUCCAUCGUCGCAGUCGCAGACGGCCCAGGCUCCAUCAUCGCAUGCGCAGAUGGCUCAGGCUCCAGCAAUGCCUUCGACCCAGACGCCAGCAUCUCAGUCGCAGACGGUCCAGGCUCCGUCAUCGCAGGCGCAGAUGGCCCAGGCUCCGGUGAUGCCUUCGACCCAGGCGCCGCCAUCUCAGUCGCAGACAGCCCAGGCUCCGGCACCGCAGGCGACGCAGACGGCCCAGGCUCCGGCACCGCAGGCGACGCAGACGGCCCAGGCUCCGGCACCGCUGACGGCCCAGGCUCCGGCAUCGCAGGCAUCACUGACGGCCCAGGCUCCGGCACCGCAGACGGCUCAGGCUCCGGCAUCGCAGGCACCGCAGACGGCCCAGGCUCCGGCACCGCAGACGGCGCAGGCGGCCCAGGCUCCGGCACCGCAGACGGCGCAGGCGGCCCAGGCUCCGGCACCGCAGACGGCGCAGGCGACCCAGGCUCCGGCACCGCAGACGACGCAGGCGACCCAGGCUCCGGCACCGCAGACGGCGCAGGCGACCCAGGCGCCGGCAUCGCAGGCACAGGCAGCCCAGGCUCUGGCGACACAGGCGACCCAGGCGCCGUCACCGCAGGCACAAACGACACAGGCGCUGUCACUGCCAUCGCCGCAGGCACAAGCAACCAAGGCGCCGUCGCCGCAGGCACAAGCGACCCAGGCGCCGCAGGCGACCCAGACCCCAGCGCCGCAGGUAUGGACGACUCUAGCCCCAGCACCGCAGGCGCAGACAACCCAGGCUCCAGCACCACAGCCUCAGGGAACCCUUGCGCCAGCACCGCAGCCUCAGGCGACCCUUGCGCCGACACCGCAGCCUCAGGCAACCUUUGCGCCAGCACCACAGGCGCAGACGACUCAGGCUCCAUCACCGCAGCCUCAGUCGACCCUUGCGCCGGCACCGCAGCCUCAGGCGUCCCAGGCGCUUGCACCGCAGCCUCCAAAUGUCCAGGCGCAGACAGCCCAAGUGCCAAUUCUCCAGACGCAAGCAGCUCAGGCAAUGGUUUCACAGGCGCAGAUACCCCAGGCGAUGGUAUCGCAGGCUCCAGCUGACCAGGUGCAGACACCCCAGGCGAUGGUAUCGCAGUCACCAAUGGUCCACUCACCCUCCCCACCGUUGACACACAUGCAGGUCAAGACCAUUUCAGCUGCCCCUGCCAUGACCCAGGCUGCUCCUGCUCAAGCCCAGCCCAUGCUGCAGGUACCCCAAUCUCAUCUCAUCACUGUGCCCCAGCUGCAGCAGCAGGUCCAGGUGCUGUCCCAGAUCUCACCACAGGUGGCAGCCCAUAUCCAGAGUGGCACCAACACAGGGGCAGGGGUGCCCCAACAGAUCACACUGCAACUGCCAAUUCAAAUUCAGCAAGGGGGCCAGGUGCAAACACACCAGAUCCAGAACGUGGUCACCAUCCAGGCGACCAGUGUACAGGAACAGCUACAGAGGAUUCAGCUGUUGCGACAGCAGCAGAAACAGCAGCAGGAGGCAAAGCACACGCAGCAGUUGACGAGCCCUAGUGAAAUCAUCCAGAAACAGGUGGUGAUGAAGCAAAAUGCCACCAUUGAGAGCCUGAAGCAAAAGAAGACAUUGUCCUCAGCUGAGAGGGAAGAGAACCAGAGAAUGAUCGUAUGCAACCAGGUGAUGAAGUUCAUCUUGGACAAGAUAGACAAAGAUGAGAGGCAGGCAGCUAAGAAGCGGAAGCGGGAAGAGUCGGUGGAGCAAAAGCGCAGCCGCCAGAGUGCCACCAAGCUGUCAGCACUGCUCUUCAAGCAUAAAGAACAGCUCAAGGCUGAGAUCCUCCAAAAGAGGGCACUGCUUGAUAAGGAGCUCCAGCUGGAAGCCCAGGAGGAGUUGAGAAAGGACCUGAGCAAGCUACGGAAGGAGAAAGAGAAGAAGGCACAGGCCGCUACCUCCCAGGCUGCAGGCGCUGCUGCUAUCCAGGCGACCAUGUUAGCCUCCACCAUGGCCUCACCCUCUUCCUCCCAGAAGCGAAAACGUGAUGAUGAUAGGGACCCAACCUCGACCAAGAUGAAGAAGAAGAAGAUGAUAACCACUACCUCAAAAGAUGUCAAGAAGGACACCAAGCUCUACUGCGUCUGCAGGACACCGUACGACGAGUCAAAGUUCUACAUUGGCUGCGAUCUCUGCAGUAACUGGUUCCAUGGGGAAUGUGUUGGGGUGACUGAGAAGGAGGCCAAGAAGAUGGACGACUACAUCUGUAACGAGUGUAAACAGGGACAGGAGGGCAACACAGAGGAGCUCUACUGCAUCUGCCGGACUCCUUACGACGAAUCACAGUUCUACAUUGGCUGCGACCGCUGCCAGAACUGGUACCACGGGCGCUGUGUGGGCAUCCUGCAGAGCGAGGCAGCCCACAUCGAUGAGUACGUGUGCCCGCAGUGCCAGUCCACAGAGGAUGCCAUGACUGUGCUGUCACCACUCACAGAGAAGGACUAUGAGGGCUUGAGACGGACCCUGCGCUCCUUGCAGGCUCACAAAAUGGCGUGGCCGUUUUUAGAACCAGUAGAUCCCAACGAUGCACCAGAUUACUACGGUGUGAUCAAGGAACCAAUGGAUCUAGCUACUAUGGAGGAGCGGGUGCAGAAACGCUAUUACAAAAAGCUCACAGAGUUUGUGGCGGACAUGACCAAGAUUUUUGACAACUGCCGCUACUACAACCCAAGCGACUCACCCUUCUACCAGUGUGCAGAGGUUCUGGAAUCCUUUUUUGUACAGAAGCUGAAAGCUUUCAAGGCAAGCAGGUCUCAUAACAACAAACUACAGUCUCCAGCCUCUUAGUACAGGUUUUUUUUAUUAUUAUAUAAAUAUAUUUUUGGCUCAGAAUAAAACAAAGAAAGACUUUGGGUGCGUAUGAACGUUUAACCCAUGCCGGAACCCAGUCUACAGCCCGGCCCGGCACUUCCAACACCCUCGGUUCCUGACCACCACCCUUACGCCCGUUUAAACCAGCGUUCUGCAACGGUCAGCUGCCCUGCCCAGAGGAAGUGUGUUACACGGGUAUGGGAGUGACUCCAUCCACGCACCCGCCCACCCCACGUUGGCACACGUGCCAGGAGAGACUGACUUUGCUGUGGAGGGUUUCUCCAUGGGGUUUGAGGUUUUUUGGGCUUUUUUUUUUUUUUUUUUUUUUUCCCCCCCCCCCCAUCUCCUUCUUUGCUGGAGGAAGGGGCUGGUUUAUAAAAUAGCUGACUGUUAAAAUGAGAAAGGAGCUACGGCAUUGAUAAGCUGACUUGCGUACCUCACCGAAGACAGGAAGAAAAGUACAUUCUCAAAGCUACAUUUAUAAUGUAGCAGUUUUGUUUGUUUGUCAUCUAAUUCUUACACGGUGAAAUCAGGUUUCGGUCAGAAAUCUGGUUUGAUUUCUUGUAGUUAAACAAUAACACACACGCCACCCUCUUUGUCCACGUAUUUCUUAUGAAGAAGGGUCUGUUCCAGAAAGCAAUGAGUUUGGGUUCUCAAGUAACAAGUGGGAGCCAAUUGUUGGCUUUGAGUAAAGCAAUAGUCCAGGCUGUAAGCUAAGGGCUGGUUGUCCAGGCACAGAAUAAGCCUAGACUUGGACCAAAUGACACUUAAUAGAUAUUCUCCACUGGAAACACUUUUAGUCUUGGACUAAGCUUGAUCUGCUUCUGGAAAAUCAGCUCCAAAAGUUACAAUGUUCAGCUGCAGUACCAAUGGAUUG